ACUUUCGCUAAACGUAAUUACUAAGUAUCAAAAAUUACUUUAAGAAAGAUACUUUAAUUCAAUAUUUUAUUGUUUUAACGUAUGUUGGUUUUUUAAAAAAAGAAACAAAUGUUUGGCAAAUUUAUUCCCAGCAACUGCUGCAGACACUGCAACGAAGUUAGGCACUAUUUCAAAUUUUACAAACUAUAAGCGCAAACAGUAAAGUUUUUUUUUUUAAAGUUCGUUUUUUUAGGAACUAGAAUAAAUUUCAACCCGUGUUGCUCUUUUUAAAAUAUGUAACUGGAAGCGUACCGUCAACAGAAGAAGCUGCGGUCAUAUAAAGCAAAUUCUGUUCUAUAAGAGAUAUACUACAUACUUAAAGUAAACACAUAAACAACAGUCAUAAUUUGUUUACGAUAUGACUAUUGUUUUUUUAAUAUCUUCUUGAUAACGAAGAUGUGUUUUUUGUUGAUAACUGUAUCCACCAACUUUUGAUUAUGCGUUUCAAUAGUGUAUAUGGAAGUGAAGGCAACAAGCCGUUAGUUCCAGUUCAACAAGACGCAAUGGCGUCGGUCUCACUUAGUUCCAUUCUUAGUCCACAAAGUCAACAAUCGUUGUAUAAGUCAGAUCAACCACCCAACCCCUUCCAGAAUUAUACAGAGUGUUUAAAUUCUAACCAACAUACGACUGCGUGUGUCGAUUCACAUGAUACGCAUGCGCGUCGAAAAAUUUUGUCACACGUUCCUAGACAUAAACCUACUUCUCAAUGUACACCUUCACCGUCUACUCAUUCGGCACACUUUCGGUUCCGACCAGUUCCUUCACACAAAACAAAAGUACAAGAGUCGCUUCAGUCUAAAAAUCCACAUGAAAAAAUAGGUACGAAUGUACGCUAUGUUUACUAUCGCCCCACCCCGUCUCCUUCAUCUGACAAGUGUGUACCAUCGGAAACCCAGUCCAUUGUCACUCCGUCAAAUUAUACUUUAGAGAAAAACUUGAGUCCAUUGCCCUUUUCAUAUAAUUCAAAAAAUAAUGUUGAUGAAACUGAUUUACUCCCUACAGCAUUUAAUUCUUACAGGGAAAAUUCUUCGUUAAAUUUUUUACCAGUAAAUGGGUCUCCGAAUGUCUUACUUGAGGAGGGUGAGGUAUGGAGUGUAAAAGACUUAAAUUUAAAAGAUGAUAUUCAUGAUGACCAAAUUAGUUUAGUAAGCGACGAUGAAAAUGAUCUGGACUCUCUUGAAAGUCCAAGGCAACAAAGUUCUGAAAAUAAUAUUUGCCAAAAGCCUAGUGUAGCACCAAACGCUUUGGAUCAACCAGCGUUUGAUAGUGACCGUUAUUCUUUUUGGAUUAAUAAAGUCCAAGUUCGUACUGUUAGCCCAAGCUACUCCGAUUUCUCUUCUUGCAAUCUAAAUGUUAAUAUAAUUGUCUUUAAAUUAUCAAACCUGUGUCUUUCAUUUAACUCACCGCUUUUGGAGGAAUUCAUUAUAUGGUUUUUGCCACAAUACUAUCGAUAUCUAAAUACUUCAAUUGAACAAAAAGAUUACUUCGCCGAAAUUUUUUUGAUUCAAAGCCAAUUAAACCCAAGGAGUCUUGAUUUGUUAUUGAUGUCUUUUAGACGUUUCAAUUUUUCUCCUACCGCAUUACACAUGGGGUCAAAUCCCGAUCUUGGUUCGGAGGGAAUGCUUGUUUUAUCUAAAUUUAUAUCUGAUAGCAAGGAACCUUUACGUUGGUUAGCUCUCCCAAAAUGCCAGGCUUCUUUUUCAUCUUUUAAAACGAUUUUGACUGCUGUUCUUAGUCGUUUAGACAUUUACCCGCGGAUACAUAAUCGCGAAUCAGUUCCCCUUUGGCUUGAACUUCCAACCAUUUUUAACGACAGUUCCGGUUCACAAAAAAAUGGAUCUUCAUCCUUCUUACUUAACACGAAGGUGUUUAAAUACUUGGAUUCCAUUCGCCCUGGUUUAUACUGCCCGAUCCUUAACCGAACAAUUUGUAGAAUCAAUUGUUGCGGUACACCAGGAGCGAUUUUUCAUAUUCCUAAAUUGAGCAAUCCUAUGUCUCACUCCUCUGCUAAAGCUUUUGUUGAUAAUACGUCAAAAACUUUAACUCUUCCUACAUUACCGUCAAGUGUGCAAGAUAUAGCGGAAAUGAGUGAAAUUGAUAGCGAAGAUGAAAAAGAUAACAGCUUACCUUUAUCUCAAGAUUUAUCUAUUAAUGGGGAUGAAAACACGUAUCAAGCACAAGCUUUGGAACAAACGGAAGUCACCUCACUCGAUAAUACAUUAGCUUUAGCAUAUCAGUCACUUUUACAAGAAUGCUUUUUCUCUAUAUCCAUGGUAGCUGCAGAGUAUCAAAUUUUGCCAUUUAAUUUUCUUCAAGACAUGGCUUCUAUUUAUAUAGAAGGUAAAGAUUUUCGCGAAAUAGGUUUACCAUUAUUGUGGAAACACAUUCCACCAACUGCAUUAGCUGAAUACCUUUCAAGUAUUCCAAAUAGUUUCGUUAUAAGUUCUCAAAGUAAAGAAACCGCAAGAUCAAAGCGACCUCGUGACACUAGCCAAGAAGAGACGGAAGAAGAAAACAUGUUCAAUACUUUCGAAACCCACAAAAAUAAGACUUCAUUUGUUUCUUCUUCUAAUUCGAGUAACGUUGCAGAAUUAUCUUCGUGUAAUAAUAUUGAGAAAGCUGGAUUCUGUCAUGAUAUUGGACAAAUUUCUGAUACAAAUAUUACAAGGAAAGGUUCAGUACAAAAUUAUCAAGAUGACCGACUGCUUAACAAGCAAGAUCAGGGUAGCACAUCAGAAGAAGGCGAAAUACCAGAUGUCAACGUAUUUUCAGUAGCGUUUCUUAAUCAUGGGAAACAACUACAUUCUCGUUAGCUUAAACCUACUCGUGAUACUAGCAUCCAAAUCGUAUUUCUGCUUGACGGCUUUCCCCAUAAGCAUAUGAAUGAAGACAUUAAUUUAAGAGUAUAAAAAAUAGCUAAAACGUAUUGAUAGCACACUUAUUUGAUAGAGUAUGUACAAAAUAAGUUGGAGUCUCUUUUUAGCUUUUAUUUAAGAAGAAAUUUGUUUUUACUCACAAUAGACAAAGCAUUACUUUUUGAUGAUGAGGUCACAAAAUUAUAUAACAUUAACAUUAGGUUUCUUUAGUGUAAAAAAAAUUUAACAAGGUAUUCAAUUAA